AUGCGCGCCACGAAAGAUGACUUCCACCGUGCUGGCGAUUGGGGUCAGCCUGGUUAUGCUAGGCACAUUAAGGGAACUGCUUUGAGGAGUAUCCGAUGUAUAGCAGAUGCCGAGAUUGCACAGAGUCGCUUAAAGCCUGACACAUGCCAUGAGUUGUUUGACCCUGAGGAGUUUCGAGAUGCUUGGCCCUAUCGGGAAAGGUUGCUGAAGAUGGCCUCGGUGCAAGAACGUCCGCAGUGGCAGCGUUUCUUGGAGCGUAGAUCCAGCUGGCCUUUGGAUGAAGAGCGACUGCGGCAAGGGCAAGUGCAACCGCAGGAGGGGAUGUGGAUCCGCUCGCAGCUGAUGCCUCCCUUGCCACCGAAGCGGAUGUAUCCGCCCACGCUAGCGUCCCAUUGUUGGAGUCCCGACUGGAGCCCCUCCGAUUGCUGUUUCUUCUCGCCCCCGGACACAGCACUGACAGUGUGCUUCGCCAACAACACCGCCAUGUUCAUGGAGUGCUGCCCUUGGGAAACUGUUGAGGAGAUGCAGGCGUCAAUCCUCUCCUGUGAUUUGUCGAAGCACAGUACUACCUGGAAGCAGCUCCAACAGACUUUUGCACAGUGCUUGGGCAGUGGGGAUGAGAGUUGCAUCCCAAAGGUGGCCCGGGAAGUUCCACUCUUUGAGGAUCCCUUGUGUGCCAUGGGCGAGGCGCUCCGGGGCAUUUUUCUCUCGGCCAACAAGCCCUACAACGAGAUGAUGGACUCAAACGCCAUCCUACCAGAUGGAAAGAUGCACGGAUUCGAUGAGUGCCUCUUGCAUGGCCUCGAUCAGGCCCGGUGCUGCGUAAGAACCCGAUUCUGCAAGUGUGCUUCGCAUCCGGCAGAUCGCGUGGGCUGCAACCUAGGCGUGGCAGUGGAGUGCGCCAUCUGUUUGAUGCUGAUUCCAUCAGUGCUGCUGCGCCACUCCGGUUGGGGAUUGAUGUUCAGCUGGAUCCUCCAAGAACUGCAAAGUCUAAGCCUCGAUCGCCAAGGCUUGACGUUGGAGCCCGAGCCUUCGGACCCACUCAGGAGCCUCACCUAUAGCUCCACAUCUGCCCCAGGGCAUCAGCACCGCGAUUUGCUCCGCAUGAGCAAUGCUUCAGGGCCCCUGGGGGAACGUUUGGUGGGCACGGUGAUCGAAGACUUCUUCACUCAAGCCAUGGCCACGGCGACCCCCCUCGAUGCCUGGGCCAGGGCUGUAGAGACAGGCCUCAUCAGCGGCCUCGCUCGCUUCCUCGGCCGAAGGCAGCUGCCACCGCGGCGCAGCGCGCUGCCGACGGCGCAGCUGCAGGGCGUGGCGCGGCUGAUUCCGAAGAACCUGGCGUCCUUGGUGCCCGGUCGUCUUAUGACUCAAGGUGCGCGUGCCAAAGCGCUACGGGAGAUGAUGGGUCCUGCACGCCUCGAACGUCAAAAGGGUGGGAUGUUGGAGGCUGCUUGGCUCCAGUCGCUUCGAAGCUGGCCGCAUCGCUGCUGCCCACCAGAUGCGACAGGCGCCUUGGCUUUGCUUCACCCGCCCCCGGCGGGUCUCUCCAAGUGGCCAGGGCUGCUGCUGGCGCUUUGCCUGGCCUGUGAGUCGCGGGAUCAGCAGCUGCUGAAGCAGGUUGAACGGGGCAUCUUCUGUUCUGGUUCUGGAUGUGGAAUGCUGAUGAGAUUGCAGAUGGUGGAGCAGCACGCCUGGAAUGUUUGGAAAGACCCAGCAGCCAAGAGGUUUGUGCCGUUCCUUCAGCUGAUUCUCGAGCGUUUCAACAAAGCCAAGGUGGCCAGAGUGACGGGAGCGACGGAGAUGAAGGUCAUGAGCACCGCUGAAACGCUGAGCUUCAUAAAGGCUGGUGGCUCCAUGGCCCGCUUUGGGGAUGGCGAGUUCUGGUCCAUGGACCGAGCCUCCAUCACGCCAGUGGUGUGCAACCGGAUGCUGCAGGAGUCCUUGGUCUACGUGGCACGGCUGGGCGCCAGCGGCUGCCCUGGCUUCAAGCCUGCCAUGGUGGACGUCUUAGGUCCGCCGGAAAGCUUUCCGGACCAGGAGAACUACGACUGGUGGCGGGAACGGCACUUCUUUCGACAGAUCCCCUAUCGAUACUUUCCUCCUGGCAACUAUGGGAACAUGUGGGUGAACUAUCGCCCGGGUGAAGCAAUCCGAAGAGAAAACCCGACAGCCAUGCUGCGUUUCGUGGAAGGAUGGGAAGAGGUCUUUCUAAACAAGUCGGUGCUGCUGGUGGGGCAUCCCUUCGCGCAAGCAGCGACGGAGGGACACGCCACCGGGGUCAUGUUCGCCGCGGCCAAGGCUGACUACAACUUCCCAGUGCGAGUGGCGCAAUUGAGCUGGGAGAUGAUGCGAGAGGUGGCGAGCCAAAGGUUGCCGCCCUUCUCUCGCGCGCGCGAUGUGCGGUUGAUGCGACCGCUGGCCAUCGGCUUAGCGUCCAGCGUGCGCUGGUACAGCGCGCUGGACACUGUCCGUGAAGUGGUGGAUAACUCCGACAUCGAUGUGGUGGCGGUCUCUUGGGGCCCACAAGCCAAGCCAUUGGUGGCAGACAUCGCCUGUCGAGGAACGCAGGCCGUGGAUGUGGGGCGAUUGCUGUGGGAGCUCCACGGAAUCAGCGCCAUGGCGGGAGAUCUGCUGAAAGAUGGCGCCAUGGGGGCGGGCUGA